AUGGAGACGCCGAUGGAUUUUUGGGAGGGUCUGAUGGGUGAUGACCUUAUUCUCCCUGAGGACGUGGAACCAGAUCGGGCUGUAGUGGAGGGUGAAGGACGCACAAACGAGACAAUAUGCCUUGUAGGUGAUGGAGGGGUUGCAGCAGCUCACGAAGAAAAUGAUGCUUCCUCUACUGGAUCGUGUCCAGAUUUGGAGAUGGAGGUCCCUCCGCCUGUUUCUGUGCCGGAUGAGACUCACGGAGGUGCUAACGCUGCACCAGAGCCUGGUAACGAGUUGCUCGCAGCGUUUGAGAAAUUCUUGGCAUCAAGGGGCGAAGGUAGCCAAGUGCCUCAACCCCCUCAACCCGUGGUAGCGUCUGGGAGUGGAAUGUCAGUUAGUGAAAAAUGUCAAGACCAGACCACUGUGGUCGUUACAGCUAAGCUCAGACUCACCAUUGACUGUGGUGGGUAUGUGGGAUCUGGUGAUAAAGACCUUUUCGUUGGCAAGACUUUUGAGACUAGAAAUACAUUCAAGCAGCACAUGUCUUUGUACGAUAUCAAGAACAAAUUCGUUGACCGUAGUGCGAAAUCAGCACCUUCUGUUAUGGUGCUCGAGUGUAUUGGUCAGACAUGUACUUGGCGAGUUUAUGCGGUGCUAGUUAAGGGCUCAAGUAUGUAUGAGGUCCGUAAGAUUGGCGGUGAACAUAGUUGUAGUAUUGAUGAGCGAUCUGGGUACCAGAGACAAGCAACAUCGAGCGUCAUUGGGGAGAUGUUGAGACAGCAGUUCAGUGGAACUGGUGUGGGUCCGCGCCCAAGAGAGAUCAGACAGGUUAUGAGGGGAGACCAUGCUGUCAAUAUCUCAUACUGGAAGGCUUGGCGUUCGCGUGAGGUGGCUGUGGACAUCGCAAAGGGAUCUUGUGGUGCUUCUUACCAAAGCCUUCCCAACUAUCUACAGAGGCUGGUUGUGGCUAAUCCGGGGACCCUUGGCCAUAUACAUACCGAAUAUGUAGAGGAUGUGGGGCACCGCUUCAAAUAUAUGUUCCUAGCUAUGGGUGCAUGCGUGAAGGGUUUUCAGCAUAUGCGGAAGGUUGUGGUUAUAGAUGGUACACAUCUAAGAGGGAAGUAUGCUGGCUGUCUCUUAAUCGCUUCUGCGCAAGAUGGGAACUAUCAAAUCUUCCCACUAGCCUUUGCUAUAGUGGAUGGGGAGAAUGACAAGUCGUGGGAGUCGUUUUUCAAUAAGAUGUCAUCAUUCGUUCCUAACCAAGACGGUGUGGUGUUUGUAUCAGACAGACAUGCCUCAAUUUACCAAGGAUUGAGCAAGGUGUAUCCGCUAGCUGGUCAUUACGCGUGCAUCAUUCAUCUGAAGAGGAACAUCAAGACUCUGUUUAAGGAGAGGCAACUCGGUUAUCUCGUUUCGAAGGCAGCGAGAGCUUUUAGAAUGGGAGAGUUUUACACGGUCUUCAGUGUUGAACAUUGGACCAGAUCUCAUUUCCCUGGCGAGCGCUACAACAUCAUGACAAGCAAUCUGGCUGAGUCUUGGAAUUUGGUCUUUAGGGACGAAAGGGAGUAUCCGGUUAUCCUGCUGGUGGAGUUCAUACGAAAGAAGAUAAUGAGCUGGUUCACAUCACGACGUGAUGCUAUCAAAGAUGUGGAAGCUGGUUUGACACCAAAGGUUAGCAGUUUGCUUGCUGCGAACUUUGAGAUAUGUGGUGGAUAUGACGUAAGAAAGGCAGCGUAUGCAGAACAUGUUUUACCGCCUGUUGAGUUGGGCAGCGGUCAUAGGUUGGCUGAUGAUGUUGCUUCAAUUACUCUCAACCCACCAGCUACGAGACGACCACCAGGGAGACCAAGAAAGAAGAGACUCUUCUCGCGUGAAGAAGUUAAGAUGAAGAAGAUACGCAGAAGGUAUUGCAGCCGUUGCAAGGGGCUAGGGCAUAAUCGUGCAACAAGAAAGCAAGCAAUAUAA